GUUAUAUUUACAUCGACGCGCGCUCACGCGUGCCGCAUGCGCGUUCACGUGGCGCCUCCUCGGAUUGUGCGAAGAAGAAGAAGAAGUUCAUCAGAUCUGUGGUCGAGACGUUGAUCGACCCGAACACGAAUCUACUGCACUGAAAAGUUGAAAAGAUGUGGAAGUCAGCCGUGGGCCACAGUGUGAAAAUGAAGGUGGCUGCAGAGGGGGACGACUGGGAGACGGACCCCGACUUCGAGAAUGAUGUCUCGGAGCAGGAGCAGCGGUGGGGAGCCAAGACCGUCGACGGCUCGGGACGCAAAGAACACAUCAGCGUUGCGGAGCUCAGGAGCCAAGUGGCCGUGGAGCACGAGCAGGUGAGGAAGAGGGAGCACACGCCCAAAGCCUCCUACGGUUACGGAGGGAAGUUCGGAGUGGAGAAGGACCGCAUGGACAAGGCGGCUCUGGGUCACGACUACGUGGCGCAGGUGGAGCAGCACUCGUCCCAGACGGAUGCGGCGCGAGGGUUCGGCGGCAAAUAUGGUGUUCAGAAAGACCGCGUGGAUAAGUCGGCCAUGGGCUUCGAAUACAAAGGGGAAAUGCAGCAACACGCGUCCCAGAAAGAUUACUCCAAGGGGUUCGGAGGAAAGUACGGGGUGGAGAAGGACAAGGUGGACAAGGCCGCUUUGGGCUACGAAUACAAAGGCCAGACGGAGAAGCACCAGUCGCAAAAAGACUACGCCAAGGGAUUUGGAGGAAAGUACGGGGUGGAGACGGAGAAGGUGGACAAAGCUGCUUUGGGCUACGACUACAAAGGAGAAACGGAGAAGCAUCAGUCACAGAGAGGCGAGUUUCGAGUCGCAGCACUUGUCGGUUCUGGCGCCGUCUUGCCUCACGUCCGAUUGCUUCAUUCUGUGGCGUCAUUUGUUUGUUUUUAUAAAUCAGAUUAUUCGAAGGGGUUCGGGGGGAAGUUUGGCGUAGAGAGGGAGAAGGUGGACAAAGCGGCUUUGGGCUACGACUACAAGGGUGAGACGGAGAAACACCAGUCGCAAAAAGAUUAUUCGGCAGGUUUUGGCGGUCGCUAUGGAGUACAGGCAGAUCGCCAGGACAAGAGUGCAGCCGGCUUCUCAGAUAUGGACUCCCCUUCCUCUGCUUAUGAAAAGACACAACCCUUGGAGGCUUCAAGUGCAGGUGCGGGCAAACUGAAGGCGCGUUUCGAGAACAUGGCCAAGGCUUCAGACGAGGAGAACCGGAAGAAAGUGGAAGAGGAGCGUGUGAGGAGACAGGCCAGAGAGAAGAGGGAGCGAGAGGAGGCCAAACGCAGGCAGCAGGAAGAGAGCAGCAAAGAGGAGGAAACUUGUCCACCACCUGUUCCAGAUGAGGAUCCAGAGUAUGAGACGCCACCGCCAGAAAUACACCGCCGCAUACCAGAGAGACAAGAAACACAAGAACCAGAGCCUGAACCAGAACCGGAGCCUGAACCAGAACCUGAGGAUGAACCAGAGUAUGAGGAGCCGCCGGCUUUGCCCCCACGCGCGGAUGAUUUCCACGAACCUGACGCGCCACCGUUGCCGGACAGGUCGGCAGGGGUGGAGGACGACGGCGGCGAAGGGGAUUACGAGGAAAUCAGCGAAGGGGAUUACGAGGAAAUCGCUCAACAACCUCCUCCUGAGAAAGAUGCGGAUGCUGACUACGAGGACCUGACGUGCGGAAGGAAGGCAGUGGCCAUUUACGACUAUGAGGGAGAGGCGGAUGACGAGAUCUCCUUCAACCCAGACGACGUGAUCACCAACAUAGAGAUGAUCGACGAAGGCUGGUGGAAGGGACAGUGCCACGGACGCAUCGGCCUGUUCCCAGCUGCUUAUGUUCAGAUGAUGUAGUUAUGGACUGUUUUUUUUUUUUUUGCAUAAGCUUCACUUGAGCAGUUUCAGGUUUCUCAGGUUGGUCAACAGAGGGAAUUUAUAUAUUAAACCACAGCAACAUUGUGCCCAAAAGGCUUCUGAUCAGCUGAUUUCAAUCCUUUUCCUGCAUUUUGUAUCUGCAAUAAACUGAUUUGGAGUCAGAACGAUUCUA